AUGGAACAAAUGGAAUUUGGAGGAAAAUGGAGAAGUUGGAUCAGGGGUUUCUUAUCGUCGGCUAGAGCCUCUGUAAUAGUAAACGGGUCAACAACUAAAGAGUUUGCCCUUGAAAGGGGAAUUCAACAAGGCGAACCAUUAUCCCCUUUCCGUUUUAUCCUGGUUGUCGAAGUCCUAAACAUUGUCACGGAAGAAGUUGCAGAGCAAAAGAUUUCGAAAGGAAUAACACUUCCAAAUAUGGGCCCAGUAAUAUCUCAUAUACAAUACGCAGAUAACGUGAUCUUCCUAGUGAAUAAUCUUGAAACUGAAUUGUUAUCCAGGAGCAUAUACUACUUUGUUGGUUUCCCACCUUUCACGUAUCUGGGAAUGCCAGUGGUGGCUGCCAUGUCAAGAAUAUAA